AAGUAAUUCUAAAUGAAAAUAAGUCAGAAGUCACUAAAUUAUUGUUUUUGACAUUUUAAUUGAAUUUCACUAUCAAAAUACAUAGCUCACAUGUUUCCCAUCUUAUCUAAAAUUCCAGUUUAUCAAAAUUCUAUUUGAAUAGGUUAUUAAAAUAUUUAAACUACUAACUGGUUAUAAUUCAUAACCAUCCAGAGGAUAUAUAAAGGAAUGGGACACUGGAUGUCUGAAUCGAAAGAUAUUGACAGAACACAGGUAAGAAAUGUCGAAGAAUCUUGUAAGCAGGUACUGGUUGAGCAGUUCGGAUAGUGAAAGUUCUUGCAACGAAGAAGGAAAUGAAGUGAUCAUUGGUUUCGCACCGGAGGAAGGGGAGAAAUACAAGAACUGCAUUGACAUUGUAAUGAAAACCCAGAAGAUGCAAGGCACCAUCCGGAUGGCACUCAAUCCAACGCUGGAGGAAAUUCUUACGGACUUCUUUGUGACGUUAGAAGAAUGGAAGAAAAAGGAAUCGGCUAUGUUACAUUGUGACGGCAAUCAGUUUAGAAAGAAAAAGUUUAUGCACUCAAAGAGAAGAUGAAGAUUUAAUGAAAUAGUUCCUAACUAUAACAAUUGUGAACAAUAGCCGAUAUGAAAAUCUUCUUAUUUUGAAUUUGAUGUGUUGUUAAAUAAAAUAUCAAAAUUUUAUAUUUA